AAUGAACGAAUGGGAUUACAAAAAAAGCAAUCUUCCAACUCAAGCGAGAGGUCUGUUCACGAGGGUCGUGGAAGGACGGUACGAAAUAGUCAUUCGUGGAUAUGACAAAUUUUUUAACAUUGGUGAGGUAUCAGAAACCAAGUGGGAACACAUCUGUAAUAAUACAAAAGGUCCAUAUGAAGUCACGGUCAAAGAAAACGGAUGCAUCAUCUUCAUUAGUGGACUUCCUGAGGAUCAAAUAAUAGUUACUAGCAAACAUUCGCUGGGGCCAAGGGCGGAUACGGUUGCACAUGCUGUGAAAGGUGAAGAAUGGCUUGAUAAACAUCUAGCGAACGUUGGAAAAAAUAAACACGAGCUGGCCAGAUUUCUGUAUGAUCACAAGCUAACCGCGGUUGCUGAGCUUUGCGAUGAUACCUUUGAAGAACAUGUUUUACCAUAUUCUCCCGGCCGCCGCGGUCUUUACCUCCACGGAAUGAACUAUAAUACUGUUGAUCUCAAGACGUGGCCCAGUGAAAGUGUCCAAGAAUUCGCCAAACAAUGGGGGUUUAUAUCUACUAUCUAUUAUGUGAAAGAUAAUGUGGAAGAGGUAAAGAGCUUCACGGACCGAAUUAGGGAUGAGGGAAAGUUGAAUGGAAAUCCUAUCGAGGGGUUUGUCGUGAGAACAAAGCUUAAGUCUACCGAUCAAGAUUUCUUCUUCAAGAUUAAAUACGAUGAUCCAUAUCUUAUGUACCGUGAAUGGAGAGAGAUCACCAAAUCCCUUUUGUCAAAGGGGAAGCCAAGAGUCACAUAUCCGCUCAGUAAUCGUUACAUUGACUGG